GGAAAAGACUGGAAAAGAGAAGUAUAUAAAGCUUCACUAUCCCAGAUACCACAGCCAGGAAGAUAGCAACACCAAAGCAUCCAACCACUCAAUCUCAAGCUUCUCUAUCAAGACAAUUACUUUCACGAAGCCACUCGUCCUCUCAAGAUGAAGUUCACUACAUCCAUCUCUCUGCUCUCCCUCUUCCUCUCCUCCGCUCUCGCGGUCCCGACCCCAGAGAACGAGGCCAGAGCUGCGAUUCCCAUCUCCGUCUCCUACGACCCGCGCUACGACAAUGGCGGCAGUUCGAUGAACGAGGUCUCCUGCUCCGACGGCGUCAACGGCCUCGUUAGAAAGUGGCCUACCUUCGGCAGCGUCCCCGGCUUCGCUCGCAUCGGUGGCGCCCCCACAAUCCCGGGCUGGAACAGCCCCAACUGCGGAAAAUGCUACAAGCUGCAAUAUAACCAAAACACAAUCUACAUUACAGCGAUUGAUGCCGCACCUGGCGGUUUCAACAUUGCAACGAGUGCGAUGAACCAGUUGACGAACGGAAUGGCGGUGGAGUUGGGCAGGGUGCAGGCAACGUAUGAGGAGGCCGAUCCAUCCCACUGUGUCUCUGGUGUAUAGAUGGAUCUUUGGCUGCAGGGAAGGACGCGGGAACAGAUCAAAUGGUUUUUCACCAGUGCAUGUGCAUAAUGGCUUGGCUUUCAAGAG